GGCACCGCCCCGCACCCCGAGAGCUGGCGCCCGAGCGGCCGCGGGGCUGAGUCCCCGGAACACUUGGCAGAGGGCGACCAGGCGGUGGGCACCAGGCUGGACGGAGCAGAGACUUAUCAGCGGCUGCAGGACUCCCAGUCAUGGCCUGGCCAGGAUGUUAUCAGCCGAGUCAAUACCUUGGCCAACACCUUUGUGCUCCUCCCUGACCCUCUCUCUGAAGUCCAUGGAGACCUGUCGCUGGCCGAGGCCUGCAACUUCCUGGGUAUCCUGGAGAGUACUGGCAAAGGAAGCAGCUCCACUGGGCCCCGCUGCACUGCUGGCUGUCGUACACUUCCUGAAGAGGGUGACAGUCCUCGGGGCAGGGGAGCCAGAGCCCUUAACAGGGCCUUGGGAGCAGCUAGGCCAGGGCAUCGUGUCUGUGGCCAGCUUGGUCCUGGAGGAGCAGCUGGCUGAUGCAUGGCUCCCAGUCAGUGAGGUGGUUGGCGGACCCAUGGCCCUGAUGGCAAGUGUCCAGCGCCUGGCACCCCUGCUGAGCACCGUGCUGGUCUCUGAGCGGCCCCGAUGGCACAUCCAGCACCGCCGUGUGGGUCUGGAGGUGCAGAGCCUACACUUGACAGAGGCCAGCACAGAGAGCCAUGUGUUCACGAUGCCCUGUGGGCACCCAGAGGGACCUGGCCACAUCCGUAUCCCUGCAGGUGAAGUGAAGCAGCUCCUUGGGAAAGGCCUCUCUGGAGUCACCGUGAUCCACAGCUGGUUCAGCUCAAGCAUCCUCCAGCACACCCUCGGGGAGCCUGGCCUAGAGCCCCAAGCUCCUGACAUCUCAGAAGAGGCAAACAAGAUGCAGAGGUUUCUAGGCACCCAGGUGGGCUCAGCCAUCAUCUCCUCUGAGGUGUGGGAUGAAACUGGGGAGGUCAGCACAGCUGUGACCUUUCAUCUGCAGCACCAGGCCCAGGUCUCCCCGCAGAAACUGGUGGAGCCUGUCUGUGCUUUCUGGAACUUCAGUAUCAGCCCGGACACAGGAGGCUCGUGGGCCACUACUGGCUGCUCUGUGGCCACCCUGUGCCAGGACUCUACCACCUGCUUCUGCAACCACAGCACCAACUUCGCUGUCCUGUUGCAGGUGUAUGACGUCCAGAGGCGCGCUGAGGAGGAGUCACUGCUGAGGACGCUCUCGUCUGCGGGCUGCGGUGUGUCCUUCUUGCUCUUCCUGGCAGCCGGGUGAGGGUCCCCAAGUCCGAGCGAGCCACGGUCCACAAGAACCUCACCUUCUCCCUGGCCUCUGCUGAGGGCUUCCUCAUGGCCAGUGAGUGGGCAAAGGCCAACGAGGUGGGCACCCAGCAGGCAUGCUUGUGAGCUUGGGGGGAGGCCAGCCUUAUCUGGGUUGCCCCCGGACGUCUUCACUUGGCUCCAUUUCCUGGGGGAGCAUGGCACAUAGAUGAAAGAAUGCCCAGAGUGGUGGCUCUGGGCCCAGGGCACUGCCCAGAGACCUUCCCCACUGGAACCCCCCUGGGUCUACGA